GGAAUGUGCUGGUUUAGUCAUACAGCAGUGGUUGGUGCUACUCCAAGACCCACAUAAAACAGACCAAUUUCCUCUUCCACACAACAGAGGAGGCGCCAGAGAGGGUUGUGGUAGCACCGUGGGCUCAUGGGAAAUGUAGUGCAGUCGUCUGCAAUAUGGCGGCGCCCAGGUGAGGGGUCGUGAGAGCGCUUGUAGGCUGCGGAGGGGCAGGCCGACGAGAGACAAAGCAGCCGGGUGGUGAAAAUCCCUGGCGAGGAGGAAGACAGAAAAUCCCUGGCGAGACAGAAGGUGUUACUAUGAACGUCAAUCAUAAAGGUGUUUUGAAACUCAAUAAAAUGGAGAGGAAGUUCUUGCGGAAACAGAGUAAAGCCAGGCAUGUGUUGCUGAAGCAUGAAGGCAUCCAGGCCGUAUCACAUCCCACACAGAGCCUGGUUGUUGCUAACGGUGGUCUAGGUAAUGGUGUGAGUAGGAAGCAACUGCUUCUGGCUUUAGAGAAAUAUGGACCUGUGGAAGCUCUCCUCAUGCCACCUAAUAAGCCCUAUGCAUUCGUAACAUACGGAAGUAUUGAAGAAUCCAAGGAAGCCUAUGCUGCCCUCAAUGGAAAAGAAAUCAUUGAUGACUUAGGGCAGAAGAUCUUUCUGUACUUGAAUUUUGUUGAAAAAGCACAAUGGAAAAAGCUGGGGCUUCAAGCCUUACCUCCAGGCCUGUUGGUGGUGGAAGAAAUUAUUUCUUCUGAGGAUGAGAAAAUGCUUUUGGAAAGUGUUAAAUGGACAGGUGACACAAGUAAUCAGAAUUUUCAAAAGUCCUUAAAAUACAGAAGAGUGAAGCAUUUUGGUUAUGAGUUUCACUAUGAGAACAACACUGUGGAUAAGGAUAAGCCCUUACCUGGGGGUCUUCCUGAUAUUUGCAAUAGCAUUUUGGAGAAAUGGUUGAAAGAAGGUUACAUUAAGCAUAAACCAGAUCAGUUGACCAUAAAUCAGUAUGAGCCUGGACAUGGAAUUCCUGCCCAUAUUGACACACAUUCUGCAUUUGAGGAUGAAAUUAUUUCUCUCAGUUUGGGGUCAGCGAUUGUUAUGGAUUUUAAGCAUCCAGAGGGAGCCACAGUACAAGUUAUGCUACCUCGUCGGAGUCUGCUGGUGAUGACAGGGGAAUCUAGAUACCUCUGGACUCAUGGAAUUACUCCUAGAAAAUUUGAUACCGUUCAAGCAUCUGAGCAGUUCAGAGGUGGAAUAAUCACCAGUGACAUCGGAGACUUGACUUUAAACAAGAGGGGAAUGCGAACAUCGUUCACGUUUAGGAAAGUGCGGCGAAUGCCCUGUAAUUGUAAUUACGCCUCAGUUUGCGACAGACAGAGGAAGGCCACACCUCCCUCCCUCCCAGAGAGCAGUAAAGCAGCGUUGCAGCUAGAGCAAGAGCAUGUCCAUCAUGUGUAUGAAGAGAUUGCGAGGCACUUCAGCAGCACGAGGCACAGCCCUUGGCCACGGAUAGAGGAGUUCCUGAAAGCUCUGCCAAGUGGUUCCAUAGUGGCAGAUAUUGGAUGUGGAAAUGGAAAGUACCUUGGCAUCAACAAGGAGUUAUAUAUGAUUGGGUGUGAUCGCAGCCGGAACCUUGUGGACAUUUGUAGAGAGAGGCAGUUUCAGGCCUUCGUCUGCGAUGCACUAGCAGUUCCCAUCCGAAGUGGGUCCUGUGACGCUUGUAUCUCCAUUGCUGUCAUCCACCAUUUUGCAACUGCCGAGCGCAGAGUGGAAGCUCUUCAAGAAAUUGCUCGUCUCCUGAGACCUGGUGGGCAGGCGCUCAUUUAUGUCUGGGCAAUGGAACAAGAAUAUAAAAAUCAGAAGUCCAAGUAUCUUAGGGGAAACAGAAUCAGCCAAGGAGAUAAAGAGGAGAUAAACAGUGACACACCCGUGGAAGAAUUACUAGAAAAUCAAAUGCCUGAUGGGGUCAGCGAAGACCCAGCAUUGUCUGUCCCUUCCACUAAUAACAUCAAGAAAGGAGGGUGUAAGUCAAGGAACGUUCCUAAUUCUGAGCUUCCUGUUCAUAGAAAUAGGACUUCUUUUCAUUCUCAAGAUGUGCUGGUUCCCUGGCACCUCAAGGGAAACCCUGGUAAAGGCAAGGUUGUUGAGCCAUUUGGCCCAGCAGGAUGUCCUGAUCCCAGUCCUGUGUUUCAUCGUUACUACCAUGUUUUCCGUGAUGGAGAAUUGGAGGCUUCUUGCAAGGCUCUGGGUGAUGUUAGCAUUCUGCAGAGCUAUUAUGAUCAGGGGAACUGGUGUGUUAUUCUUCAAAAGGUCUGAUCAUUUACAUGAACACAUCAUGUAUAAAGAAAAAUGGUUGUCUGUUUUUUUAAAGGAGGCUAAAUUAUCCUUUUAAUGAGAAAACUUUGGGAACAUUACUGAAGGAGAGCUGAGAGCAGAGAUUACUUAGGUAACAGUCUGUCUGCUUCUGUUGGCUGACUUCGUAAACAUAGGUUCCUGUUACAUGCCUUCUGAGUAUGGUGUUUAAAAGUGAUUGGCGUUAACUUGUGAAAAGUCUGUGAUGUUUGUCUAAGUGUAUAGCAUUUUCAAGAAGCUUUUGUAAAGUGUUUAUAAAGCUCCUAACAUAUGUAGGAUCAUAACAGUGCAGUAAUGUGAGCUUUCAAUGAAGUGAAUAGGAAAUUAUCUGAAGUUUUAUCUGCAUCUGUUUGUUCCCCAAAUUAUAAUAACUUUUUCACUGCAUCUUUCUAUCACAUUGUGGAUGCCCAGUAAAACUUUAGCCAGAUGAUUCUCAGAAAUUAAUUGAAAGUUCAUUCAACAGAUAGUCAUUAAAUUAAUACCAUGUACUUGAGUACUAUUAAGUACUAGGAAUGGAGCUGUGAACAAUAAAGGAGGUUGAGAUGUAGCUCAGUUAAAGAAGCAGUGUUUAUCAUUGAGGCCCUGGACUUAAUGCCCAUUACCACAAACACACAGACCAGCAGACAACAAGAGCAAAGCCCCUGUUCCCUAGGGAGCUACUUACUAAAAGGGAAGCUGACAAAAGCAAGCAAGUAAGUACACACUGUAUCCCUGGUGAAAGCAACGCCAUUUAAAGAGUAAAUUGGAGGAUGGAGGGAAUAUUAGUCUGUGAGCAAAAAGUUAUUUUUAAUGGCUGAAAUAACUAUUAAUCCUGACUGAUUUAUUACCAGAAAUCACUAUUCCUGGUACAUUGGUCCAAGCUCUAAAGACAACUCUAAUAGUUUCCUUUAAUAGUUAAAUUACAAAAGCUAAAAUGUUUUCAGCCACAUAAAACUGUGCUCUUGCCGUCACAAUUGGCUAUUUCUAUUUAUUCAUAGAUUGUCCCAAUUCAGGAUAAGGAAGCAUUUUUAUCUAGUCAGUGAAACCAAAACCAUGCUCUUGGAAAGUACUAGUAAGAUUGAUCAAUAUCUAGCCAGAUUGAGUUGACGAGGAGGAAAUUUUUGUCAUUUUUGUAAUUGGUUCAAUCAAAAAACAUCAUUAAGAGUAAUAUGUAUGUUUUAAGACUAUCUCUUUAUUAAAAAAUGUUUAUAAUUGAUAGGUAUUCUCACACUGACAAAACGAGCCAAUUCAAGCCAAAUUAAAGUAUGAAGGCAGGUUUAUUGAGAGCAGCUCUCAGAUUGGCUCACCAGUCUCAAGAACAGGGCUAGGGAAGUCAUGCAGACAGGGAGACAGAGAAGGGGGGUGGGAAGAGAGAGAACUGAAAUUUCUAGGUUGUAUAGCGCAGAGAUUCUGGGGGAGAGGAAGCCCAGCCCCUGGGCUGGAACGUUCAGCAUAGAAGUCAGGGAGUGCUAGCCGUGGCCUGUAACAGGUAGGGACUGAGGGAUGCUGUGUGGAUCUGUAAGCCAGGUCUGCUUUGAUGUGUUAAAGUGGCACCCCAGCCACUUGUCCCUAGUCUCAACCCAACGAUAAAUAACAGGUUUUUAAAAAUUAUUAUUAUUAUUUAUUACAAUUUAUUCAGUUUGUGUCCCGGCUGUGGCCCCCUCCUUUUUCUUCUCCCAAUCUCAUCCUCCUCCCCGCAUGACCCUCCCUUAGAGGAGACCAACAGAGCCAUAAAAACUGAAUCCUGGGGGCCGUGAGGAGACUGAUACCCCAACCAAGGACACUGCAUGGAGAGGACCUAAAACCCUGCUCAGAUGUAGCCCAUAGAAUCAGUCUCCAAGUGGGGUACCUUGUAAGGAGAGUAGGGACUUUCUCUAGCAUGACUCAGUGACAGGCUUUCUGAUCACCUCCCCCUUUGGGAGUGCAGCCUUGCCAGGUCACAGAGGAAGAUAAUGCAACCAGUCCUGAUGAGACCUGAUAGGCUAGGAUCAAAUAGAAGGGGAGGAGGACCUCCUCUGUCAAUUUUUUUUUUUAAUGUAGUAGCAUUCUUUCAAAUGAGACCUCUUUUUGAUAUAUAAUUUUUUCUUUUGUUUUUUUGAGAGGAUCUCAGGUAGUCCAGGUUGGUCUCAUCUUGCUAAGGAUAAUCUUGAACACUUGAUUUUCCUGUUUUCAUCUGGGAUUGCUUGUACCUCCACAGCAGGCCUAACUAUAGUCUGUUUAUACACACACACACACACACACACACACACACACACACACACACACAUAUAAAUUGGUGCUGGUUAUAUAUUAAAGCAGCAGUUCUCAAGCUGUGGGUCAUGAUCCCUUUGGAGGUUUAACUGUCCAUAAGACCAUUGGAAAUAUUAGAUAUUUACAUCAUGAUUCAUAACGGUAGCAAAAUUACAGUAAUGAGGUAGCAACAAAAAUAAAUUUGUGGUUGGAGGUCGCUACAACAUUAAAGGGUUGCAACAUUAGGAAAGUUGAGAACCUCUGUGUUAAAGAAACAUAUAGAGCAGUGAGAUGGCGUAAUUGAUUCAGGAAUUUGCCAACAAGACUGACACCCUGAAUUCAGUCCCCAGGACUAACAUGAUAGGAGGGGAAAACUCACUCCCACACAUGCAUUUGCAUGCACACACACACACACACCCAUGCACAAAUACAUCCACACAUACAUACACAUAAUUGUCAAACGCUCACACACACACCUUUUUUUUUUUUGAGGCAGGGUUUCAUGUUGUAGUUCUGGCUAUCCUGGAACUAGCUGAAAUGCCCAAGCUAGUCUAGAAUGCACAGAAGUCUGCCUGCUUCUGCCAAGUGCUGGAAUUAAAGACAUUUACCACCAUGUCCACCUAAAUACAUUUUUUCUUAAAAAAAGAAAAAGAAAAAGAUACAUUUUAGCUAGCCCUAAAUCAAAGUUUGAAAAUUGUGUUUGUGAAUUUAAGUUUCCAGGUAAACAAGUUAGUCAUGUUGACUGAUCAUAAGAAAAAAACUUUUAAAUGUAUAUUGACUCUUUAAGCUAAGUUGAGUAUUUCCUUAUUUUGGGUUAUUUUAGAAAUAAACUUAAAGGCAGGGAUUGGGUUGUACCUAUAGUUUCAUCUGCUUAGAAGUCUAAGCCUCAGAGUUCAAAACUGUCCGUGGUUACACAGUGAGACCCUGUCUAAAAAGAACAAGUAAAACAGAGAAAUCUGUUUCUUCUGUCAUUUCUAUAAUUUCUUCUCUUUUGAAAUGGCAUCCUUGGGUGUCAGUCAAGAGUAUAGUAAGAAAUAAGUCCAGUGACCCUUCUGGGCCUAAAUGCAACUUACUGCAUGUUUUCUACCUGUAGAAUUAAGAAGCAUAUAUGAAAUUUUUUGUUAUAACCCAUUUCUAGUAGCUCCAGGCUGCCUAGCUAUACCUUUGUGAUUGGAAUUUUCUUGAGACUAAAGAGGAACUGCCAGUGUGAAAAUCUAGCUAGCCUCCUGCUAAAGUCUUUAGUAGAUAACAUUUUAAUUUCUUCCUAAAACAAUUGUUACAAAGUAAGAGAAAAUGUAAACUAUAACUGACAAUUGGCUUUUUUCAGUUAUGACUAUAAUUAUGAAGAAUUCUUUAGUUAACGAAGUGUUGGUUUAAUGUUCCUGUGGAAUGUAUACAAUUUACCCUUGUUCAUUCAAAUGCUGAUUUCUCUACUCCACUAUCUGGUUUCAAUUGGGACGUUGCAUUGUGAUGCUUAUGCUAAGCAUCACCUGUCUCAAGUUUGUGUAAACAUGCUACCAUUUGUUCUCUGUGUUGCCAAUGAAACAACCAGCCAGUGCUGAGCAAUGGAGAGAAUAGUGAAGGACAUCCUGGUCCAGAUGGGAGGAGAAAGAAGGUAGUGGGAGGAGAGAUCCAAGAGGAGAGGACCAGGAAACAUCAGAAGACAUAAACUGGACCUAAGAUAUGACUAAAAAGCAAGUAUAAUGUGGAAAAUCCGAAUGGGAGGAAGCUAUGAGGGCUUGAAGGUUUAGGAUGGAGUAAUUAUUGCCUAGCGUUGUGCUCUAGAUUAAUUAAAUAAAUCAUAGUCCUUGUGUGAGUAUACAGCUGUUUAUCUAAAAGGCAAAUCAAUAUUAAAUAUUAAUAAUCAUCAACAAUGAAGGAAAGGCUCUCAAGUUUUAAGAGAGAGUAUCAAGAUACUGUAUUAUGUUGGGUGUCAUAAUUUACUCUUUUGCUGUUUAUCAGCUUUUGAAUGAAAGUUCCUGGGCGAUGAGGGGAACAGUAAUUUGGUUAGAAACAUUAGCUUCUUCAUAUAAUUUUAAAAUUAUAAUUUUGGAUGUCCUGUUCAGAUCAGAAUCUUGUGAGAUAAAGGCUUAGAAAUAAUAAUAGCAAUUUGAUUCAUGUUUACAUACUUGAAGGAUUUUAACUAAAAUAUUGAAAAUGUUAAGUUGUCAUAAUCUGGUGACAGCUGUGAGCCUGCUUUGCUCUUUUAGGAACUGACUUCUUACACACUUUCGUAGCUGUGUCUGACCUGAAGUAGAUUUGUCUUGUUAUAUAUUGUGGUCUGAAUGAAAAUGUCCCAUCAUAGGCACAUGUAUUUAACUCCUUGGUCCCAGGUUGAUGGUGCUGGUUGGGGAGGUCAUUGAGUGGUUACGCCGGGGAGCCUUGCUGCAGAAAUUACUGCUGAGGGCUUUAAGGACUUGUGACCUUGUCCCACUUCCUGUUUUCUCCUUCUGCUUCCUGUGUGUGGUUAAGAUGUGGUCCCUCUGCUUCCUACUGUAUCCACCUGCUGCCACGAUGGACUCUUCAUUCCAGUGAAACUACAGAAUAAAAUAAACUUCCUUUAUAAA